AUGUUCGUAGCCCCCGAGAUGGAAAACCCAGUGCGUCGGUUUCUGUGCGGAAGCAUCGCCGGUGCGACCUCUACCUUUGUCACAUACCCGCUUGACUUGAUCCGCACCCGUCUGGCCUUCGAAACAGUUCGCGGUUACUACUCAUCCUGGCUUGGGAUUUCUCGGAAAAUCUACUACGAAGGUCGAGGCAGCUGGGGCGUGGCCAAUUUUUAUCGAGGGUUCGCCACGACGAUGCUCGGCAUACUUCCUCAAAGACUGGUUUCGUUCGCCUGCUCUCGCACCUACACUCUAGAACCACAGUCUCACACUCGACUGACAGCGGUUGCGCAACUUGGCCGUGGAGCACUCGCCGGCAUAGUUGCGCAAACAGUAUCUUAUCCCAUUGAAACCAUUCGGCGACGGAUGCAAGUUGGAAACGUGGUCGGUGACCAGGCGGGCAUCGUGGAGACGGCCCAGCGCAUUUUUUGGGAGAGAGGAGCGCGUGGGUUCUACGUCGGGCUGACCAUUGGCUAUUUAAAAAUCGUUCCCAUGGUGGCGACAAGUUUCUAUGUCUAUGAUCGUAUGAAGCGGUAUUUGGGCCUCCUGGUCGAGUGA